AUGAAAGACAAAGUAUUAUACGCAGCAUUAAGUGCUAUUGCGAAUAACACGAUUCUUCCUUAUAAUAAUUGUUCUGGAAAUAAUAAAUUUAUUCCUCGUAAUGGUUAUUCUGGAAAUAAUCUAUUGGAUGAAAUAUCUUUUCAUCAAUCUCAUUUGGUUGGCGGUAAAAUUCCUACUAACAAUAUAAAUAAUAAUGACGGACAAUCAAGAAUACCGUGGCGUGAAAAUUCAAAAGUAUUAAUAGGGACAGAUUAUAAUAGUAAUCGUAAACGAUUCUUAUUUGGCAAUGGAAUUUAUUCCACUCCAGAUAUUGAUGUUGCAAUUUCAAAAGAAGAAACUGGAAUUGGUGAAUAUUGGAUUUCCCCAGAUGGAGCGGAUUUUCGUCCUUAUGGUAUCUGUAUCAAGAAAGAAUUUGUUAGCGCUUAUUUAUUUAUUUCUUUAGAACAUUCAUUAUCCUAAAAUACAUUAUUUGACGCGUCUCAAAGUCUGUUAUGAUAAAUAUUGCAUAUCUCUAUGAUCACUGGAAGAGUUAAUGUGUAGUCUUGAUGCGAAAAUGAUCAUCACUCAAUUUCAUGUGUGACAAACAAAAGCAUUUUUUAUUAUCGUCAUAAAGUCCGACUUUAUGGUUAGAUUGAUCGUCAAAACCAGUCUUUGGCGCAAAUCGAUAGUCUUGAAAAAGCUACUUUUCAAUAAAAAAAAAAAAGGUGAAAGAAACUCAUUUAACUCCGAAUGAAUAAAA